ACUCUUCUCCUCUACCUCUCACCACCACCACCACCACCACCUCCUCUUCCUCUUCUUCAUCAUCCUUAAUUAAUCCACCACAAUGUGCAACUCCAAGAUCAAUGGCAGGCCUGUCUUGCAACCAGCCGGAAACCGAGUCCCUAUCGAACCCGGUCGAAUGACCAAAAAACCAAUACUCAAACCUAUUCAUUCAUCUCCUCCACUUUCUCCAAAAUCUCCACUAAAUUUAAACACAGAGAAGUCAGUCACUUCUCCGGCCAAUGUCCAAAAAGCGUCGAAAAAGUAUAGUAAUAGUAAUGUUUCAGUUGUGCUUCCGCUUGAUUCGUUCUCGACCGAUACCGCCCCGGGCAGUAUCGCCGCAGCUCAACGAGAGCAAGCUUUGCUCAUGCAUGCACAACGCAAGAUGAAGAUAGCUCAUUAUGGCCGGACUCAUGCUAAACUUGAAGCUUCAAAGAUUGUUCCUAUUGAUCAUUCUUCAGCUAAUGCUACUGUACUUUCUACUCAUGAGGAGAAGAGAUGUAGUUUCAUCACUCCCAAUUCAGAUCCUAUCUAUGUUGCUUAUCAUGAUGAGGAAUGGGGUGUGCCUGUUCAUGAUGACAAGAUGUUGUUUGAAUUACUAGUCUUAACAGGAGCUCAAGUUGGAUUAGAUUGGACUACCAUACUGAAGAAAAGAAAUGAUUUCAGAUCAGAAGCAUUUGCUGGUUUUGAUGCCGAAACUGUAUCGAAAUUCACCGAAAGAAGAAUAGCAGCCAUCAGUAUAAACCAAGGCAUGGACUUAGGCAGAGUUCGAGGAAUUAUCGACAAUGCAAAACGAAUUCUUGAGGUGAAGAAGGAGUUUGGCUCACUAGACAAGUAUCUAUGGAGCUUUGUAAAUUACAACCCCAUCAUCACAAACUACAAAUCAUGCAGAAAAAUCCCAGUCAAGACAUCGAAAUCAGAAACAAUUAGCAAAGAUCUUGUUCGAAGAGGCUUUCGAUUCGUCGGUCCAACAGUUAUUCAUUCAUUCAUGCAAGCUGCUGGUCUUACCAAUGAUCAUCUUCUCCAUUGUCCUCGCCACAAGUUAAUCAACUAAUACUAUUAAUUAUUAACCAUCAUAUAUAAAACAAACAUAUAUAUAUAUAUAUAUAUAUACUCAUGAUCAGCAUGAUCUAACUAAGAAGAAGAAGAAGAAGAAGAAGAAGAAGAAGCUAGUUUGUUCAUAUAUGCAUGCAUGAGUGGUUGUACGUACAGCAUUAGAUAGGGUUUGAGGUGGUAGUUUGUGGUUUGUUAAGUGAUGUGGGACUAUGUUUGCAUGUGAGGGGGGGACAGUGUUGCAUGUGGCUUUGCCUCCUCUUCUUGCAACCUACUCUUCUUUAACAGGCUGUGUUGAAGAUGAAAAGAGAGAGGAGAAGAACAGAGAGAUGGGACCCCUUUUUCUAUAUACUUUGAUCAAGAGCUCUCAUCAUCUUCAUCUUCUUCUUCUUUCUUCUUGUUUUCAUAUUGUUUAAUUACAAGUUGAAAGCAUGCAUGCAUGCAUUGUGUGUCAUGUUUGUAUAUGAAGUUUGAUGAACAGAUAAGAUGAUGGUGUAUACUUUUUUUUUAUUAUUUUAUUUCCUUUCUUUUUCUUUCA